AUGGACGACCAUCCUCAUAACUCCCAGUUUACUGAUGAUGCGGACUUUACUACAGGAGAGGAACGCAGCGUCUCUCCAGGCUCUGCCUACGAGCAAUCGCCCACUUCUCCGAGAUCUACGAACCUGAACCUAGAAAUCGAGCCGCGAUACGAGUAUCAUGACGACCCCGACCGUUUCCACGAAGACACACCGAUGCUAGCUCAAGACUGCGGCUACAACUCCUCGGGGUCCUCGGCGAAACACUCGAGCGAUAUCCUGAGCGGCGGCGAUCUGGAUGAAGACCUCGGCCGCGUGAGCUCCCGAGCUUCCAGCCGCUCCUCGGUGUCUUCGAUCCCGGCCUCGGUUCUGACGAACAUGGCGGACGGAACAAAGUUGGCGGAUAUACAAGACCACAUGCUUUCGCGUCCAUGGGACGAUCACGACCGCGGGGUAAAUCCCAACAUGGAAGGACAGCUACGCACCCUCCCCGCGAUCCGGCAGCGGGAAUCCAUCUUCCGGAAGCCCAGCUCAGUGAAAGCGAUGCAGAUGCACACGGAAGAUGAAGGCGAUGACGAGUUUCUGACUCCCCCCAAGCGUCGCAGCGGGCAGCGCUUCUCAGAUGUGUCGAUGCGGUCUACAGGUUCCUCCCCGUUCCGGAAAUCCCAGUUCUAUUCGCCCACCGGGUCCGCGACAAAACAGAAGGUCAAGAAGGAGUAUCCGCUCGUUCUGCUACACUGUAAUCUGCUUCCGCCGUCGCUGCCCGUCCCCACAGCGAUGGGAUAUAUCAACCAGAAGGUGUUGAAAGACGUCCUGCCGUCGGAAUACUGGAGACGGUGGAAGCUACUAGAAGAGAAGAUCGGGUCUGGGGUGCUGCGCGAGCGGGGGGUUCUUAUAUCUCAUCCGGAAGAUCUGUAUGAUUUGCUGGAGGAGCGGCUUCUGGAGAGCUUGGAGCUGCAGCGCCCGCGGCUGGAUCAUGGGCAUUUUCUGGGACGGGACGAGAAUGACUGCGAAGGUUUAUGCGUGAGGGAGAGAGAGGAGAGCGCAACGGACGAGGAGGAAGGCGAGGAGUGUCUGGACUGCGGCGGACGGGUGGUUCCGCAUAACAACGCGGGCCGGAAAUGGGAGAUUAGGGUAUUCGCGGCGAAUGGGCUGAUGAGGGCCGGGGCGUGGGCGGCCGCCUGGAAGGAGAUGGAGAAGGUGGAUGUCGAAGUCAGUCUGUGGCUUCCGUCGGAGAUCAGACGGGAGCUGGAGAAGCGGCUGCUGGAGGAUGAAAUGCAUCAUUUCGAGAAACGACUGGAGCAGCGACUGCAGGUGCCGCGGCUGCAGGCACCAGAGAACGAGAACGAGAACGAGAACGACAGCGACAUGGCGGUCCAUCCCCAGUCCCGUUCUCUGCAGGCGUGCACACCGACUCCCACAACUGAAGCGCCACCACAUCCACAUCCCAUUUUCACCCCCGAGCAGAUCGAAGGCAAAGCACCACCACCACCAUCAUCCUCUUCACCGGUUCCUGAAAAGGAGACACCACCGAAGGAGCGACGCCAGCCCGAAGCUGAACCUAUCUACGUCCCGCGGUCGAGCGAGGACAUCGACCUGCAGACCUUGCUGGUGAACUAUAUCCGGGUGCUGGCCAGCGACCGACGCAACGUCGCCAUCGCUAUUCUUAGUACCUUGGUCCUGUUCCUGGCCGUCCAUUCUGGGCCCCAGACCAAUCAGUCGGCCCUGAGGCCGUUUCCCAGUGAUAUUCUGGAACCGGCCUCGGUUUCUGGGACUUCGUCGGGAGCGGGGGUGUCGAUGGUGCAGCCUUCUUCUGCUUCUUCUACGGGCUGGAAUAUGCCUGCUAGUUGUGUGGUGGCGAGUGUGGAAACUGCUGACACUGUUGAAACUGCGCGUGUCGCCGAGGUGCGUGCAUCGGCUUCUGAAUCCGAGGAUGGUCGUCCAUCGGUUCCGGUUUCAAGAUCGGUCAGAGUCAGCUCCCCGACCCCGUCGACUCUGGCGGUUGAGGUCGAUCACGAGGAUGAGGAUGAGGUCGAGGAGAAGCAUGAGCAUGAGGAUGAGGACCUCCCCCACACGGAGACGGCAAUGGAGACGCACGACCCCCCGAAGCUACCACCAUCUCCACCACCCCCUGCACCCGGCAUAAGCUCUCCUGCUCCAGUAGAAGGCCUCCUAGCGGCAGCUGAACCCCAGACUCCUCUGAGUCCGACGGAACCACCAGUCACAGAUAUCAUCAAGAUGGAAGAUCCACUGGAGCGCCUGGUCCUCGUCGAACCAGUCAGCCCGGCAGUUGCGGUUGCAGUGGACGUCCUAGGCACAAGCCAUGAUCAUGAUGAUAUGGGCCAAUGAACAAUGAACGACAUACAUGAGUGAACACGAGCUAUAAUUUUGCGACGAGUUCGAAUUACGAUACGACAGACAUGAGACGAUUAUCUGACCAGCUUGCUUUUUUUUUUUUUUUUUUUUUUU